GUGGCUUUUGGCGGCAAUCGUACUUACAACCUAAACGCCACUUCAAUCAUUUCAGUUAAAAAUGCCUUUGGAGGCAAUUGCAAGCUCUCGACAACCACCAACGGCUUUCGUUCGUUGUGUGGUUCACGGUGUUCUCAGUUGUAUGUAUACAUACACAUUUUACAUAGCAAGAACACUAGACUAUUCUAUCAUCAAUUUGCCGACAAUCAACGAAGUUGACAAAUAUAUCAGAUAUACUCUUACAUUAUGGACACUGUCGAUGAUAAUGGGAUUUUUCAUCAUAUCUACAUUUUUAGAUUUCUUCGAAAUAUUACCACAACCAGCCAUUAUUAAUAAAUUACUCAACAAAUUUCGAGAGAUAAUCAAUUUUUUGUUCAUAUCUACCAUAACGCCGGUAUCAAUGUGUGUAUGUUCUGGAUUUUGGUUCGCUUGGAUAUUAAAUAGCAAAGAUAUUUAUCCAGAAGAAAUGAAUAAUUAUAUUCCAGUGUGGUUAAAUCACAUGGUUCAUACUUUACCCAUCAUUAUUUGUUUUUUUGAACUAUUAUUUAGUUUCCAUAAAACACCAAAAUUAAAACAUAGUCUUAUAUGUUUAUUGACAUUUGAAACAGUAUACAUGCUAACGUUAGUCAUAUUACGAAUUCGACAUGGGAGAUGGGUUUAUUUACUUAUCGAUAUAUACGUCAAUACAUUAUUCAAAGUUAUUAUAAUGUUCUCAUUCCUUUGUUACAUUUUUCCUGUUAUUUACUUAAUUGGCUGUUGUAUGCUUAAUAAUUACUAUUGGGGUAUUAAAGUGACCGAAAACAUUAAUAAUACAGAAAAAGUAGUUAAUGUAAAACUGAAAAAAACAUAACAAAUUGUAUCCUAAGAAACGUUUUAUGGUGAAUUGUAUUAGUUUAUGUAUUAAUUUAUGGUUGUUUAUUUGGGUUAAUAUUGGGUGAAAUAUUUAUCAUAUUUGUUCAAAUUAAGAGGAAAUUACAUGUUUUUAUUACAAUUAAUAUUAUUCUUGUUUAUAAAAUUAUUAAAACUUGAAUGGGGUAUUAUAAAUACACUAUUUACACGCCUUGCGGUUACUCCUAUUUGGAUAUCUUGACUGGUUCGCCAACGUUUCGAAACACUUGCAUGUUCCAUCUUCAGGGCUCUGGUUCGAUGUUGUUCAUACCGCGUUCUCCCGUAGAAAUGAAGAUGGAACAUGCAAGUAUUUCGAAACGUUGGCGAACCAGUCAAGAUAUCCAAAUGAGAGUAACCGCAAGGCGUGUAAAUAAUGUAAAUUCUUAUUUAUGUUAUAAUUUUGAGUUUUUUUUAUAAUGUACUAAUAUUAUAUGAUUUUGUAUUAAAUAAACUAUUUAUGUUUAA